AUGACCCCCCCAAACCCCUCCCCCUACGAACUCGGCACCUUCCUCCCAGGAGGACACAACACGGACCCCCCGCUCCCCGAAACCAGCCCCACAGCCAACUACCGCCUCAACCACAGCAUGCUGCGCAUCCGGGACCCAACCCGCAGUCUCAACUUCUACAUCAACCACAUGGGCAUGCGCACAGUCUGGACAAUGAACACCGGCCCCUUCACCCUCUACUACCUCGCCUACCCGUCCACCGCAACCGACCGCGCCGACCUCCCCGCCUGGGCCGCCCGCUUGUCCAACCCGCAAGCACUCACCUCGACGCUGGGGCUGCUCGAGCUGUACCAUGUGCAUGGCACCGAGAGGGAUGUGGAAGACGGGGGCGUUGAGAUGAGUACCGGGAAUACGCCGCCACAGAUUGGGUUCGGGCAUUUGGGGUUUACGGUUCCGGAUGUGGGUGAGGCGCUGGAGAGGUUGAGGGGGCGUGGGGUCAGGGUUGUGAAGGAGUUGGGGGAUAGUGGGAGGCAUACGGUGCCGCUUAGACGGGUAUCUUGUUGA